AUGUAAUUUAAAGAUGAAUGUCUUCUUAAACUUGGUGAUUUAUUUUAUGAAGAAUGUAUGAAAUCAUUUGAUUGUCUACCAAUAGCAGCAUUAGUUCAAGGUCAAUUAUUUUGUAUACAUGGAUGUAUAUCACCGGAAAUACGUUAUAUUCGAGAAGUAACUGAUAUUAAUCGUAUUAUUGAACCACCAACAAAAGGACCUCUCUGUGAUAUUCUUUGGGCUGAUCCAACUGAUGGUUAUGAUAAUGAAAAACUUGAACAAAGAUCAGAAAUGUAUACACAUAAUGGACCACGUGGUUGUUCAUACAAUGUAUCUUAUAGAGCAAUGUGUAAAUUUCUCGAUGAUAAUGAUCUUCUUUGUGUUAUUCGUGCUCAUCAAGUACAAUCAGCUGGUUGUAAAAUGUAUAAGAAACACGAAAAAACAUUAUUUCCAACAUUAGUAACAAUUUUCUCAGCACCAAAUUAUUGUGAAGUUUAUAAAAAUCGUGGUGCAAUUUUACGUUAUGAUGGUUCUGUAAUGCAUGUUUUUCAAUAUAAAUGGGUAAAACAUCCAUAUGUUCUUCCAAAUUUUCUUGAUGCAUUUCGAUGGAGUAUUCCAUUUGUUUUGGAAAAAGUAACUGAUAUGUUUUUAGCUAUACUAAAGUAUUGUUCGGAUGAACAUGAUGGUCGAUUAUCAAGACGAACUCAAAUUAUUGAAAAAAUUGUUCAUUAUUAUGCAUCAUUAUCCGAUGAAGCUGAACAAUCAUUAGUACUCGGUAAUGUUUUACCACCAAUAAAUAAUCGUUUAACUGAUUCUCGUAUUGCUAAUAAAGAUCAAAUUGAUUUUCAAACAGCACAAAAAAUGGAUUAUCCUAAUGAACAUUUACCAUAUAAUCAAUAUCGUCGUAAAUAA